UGUACGUGGGAAGAACUUGACAAAAUGACCCAUUAAGUAUAAAUUGUGUAAGAGAACUAUAACUAAAACUAUUUUGUGACAAAAAUUGUUAAAAUACUUGGAUCUCAACAAAGGAACUUGUAACAUUUUCCCCCUUGAAAAAACCCCACCAGACAAGCAAUGUUUACAAGCAAUGUGCAGAGCGCCCGCUGGAGUUGGCAGUCCAUUUUUUUUCUGCUCCAGGUCUAUGGUUUAUAUGAGUUUGUACAUGUGUUCCUACCUCCAUGUUGCUUCAGCUAUGUGAGAGGUUUGCAUGACCCUUACAGUUCUGAAAAUAGGAGGUAUGUACGUGUCGAUGGGAACUGCAUGAAGCUUUUGGCUGUCAAAACAAAGGCAUACAUGUGUGUUCUUUUCAGCCUCAGUUGAAAGAUUCAGACAUUUUGGACGGCUGCACGAAGAAGUUUUUUUAGUCCACAUUCUUUAUCAGCCUCUGUCUUUUUUAUUCAGGAAUUGGUUGUUCAAGACCUUGUGCCAUCACACAAUGAGAACCGACUUGUUGCUUGUCACAACUCACAAGUUUAAUUUAUCGUGAGGUUAAUCACCCUAGAAAUACAGUCAAUUCAUUUUCUGACCAACUGUUGAGGAACUAAUAUUACUUGACCACACAAUGGCUAUUGGACGAGGAAUUUAUAAAUACCUAGCUGCUGAGCAUGUCUUGUUUGUUUACAAUUUGGCGUCUGGUCUUAGUAGCCCCACAAAGACACAGUAUAUCGAGAGGCGUAUUGCAAAAGACUUGGGCGUUGAGUCUUACACGGAGACAACUUGUUUGACCAACAAGUCCAGCCCUGAUUAUGAUAUACAGGUGGAAAUUCAACGCCAAAGCACCAUGUGGAUGUUGUACAUAACCCUCUGCAUUCAGUUUCCGGUGUUGAUCUUGAGCAAUAUAUGGGGUGGCAUUAGCGAUCGUUAUGGUCGGCAUAUCCUCUGUGCCAUUCCUUGCAUUGGGCUCAUCCUUAACUAUGUCAUCAGCGCCAUUGUGGUGGUGUUUGAGCUGCCCCUUGCUGUGUUCCUGGCGGGGAGUUUGAUUGUCGGGUUGUCGGGUGAUUUGACCUUGGUUGUGACUGGUUGUGCAGGGUACAUUUCUGAUGUUACCCUCCCCAAAAGCAAAGAGAGGACAACCCGCUUUGCUCUGAUCGAUAUUUCCUUCACUAUGUCAAACAGUUUAAUCCAGUUUGCUAUUGGCUACGUGAUCAGCCUCUAUGGUUUUGCCGCGCCUUUCUACGUGGGUAUUGUGUUGAUCGCCAUCUGUGGCUGCUGCAUCAUAUUCUGUCUCCCUGACAGGCGUGCUUACGCGUCUAGCUCAUCAACCAACACCGCAAUUCAGACAGAUAGUUCCAGCAAUGAAAAAGCUCCAAAGAACCCAAUCAAUGUUUUCAGAAAUGUGUACCGCCUCUUCAAAAGUGCUCCAGGCAGGCCUAGCGGACGAGGUUGGCGGCUGUGCGCCUUCAACUUCAUCAUUUGCGCCAGCAUCAUGUUAAUUGUCGCCAAUGCUGAUAUCAGUGUGUUGUACACCACGGGGCAGCCGUUCUGCUUGAAUCCUGUUCAAGAAGGACAUUAUGGUGCUGCUAUGUUUGCUGUUUUCACUGGAGGUAAGUCAGCAGUUGAAAAGCUUGCCAAAAACUGUGUUCUAUUUGCAUUCAGUGGUUGCCUCUGUGGUCUGGCUGCCUUUGUGACACCGCUGAUCUUCAAUGCCAUCUACUCCAGCACCUUGCAUUUUAUGCCGGGAUUUGUUUACUUUGUUAUGGCUGCGGUUGGCAUUGCAGCCUGGCUUGUUAUCUUAAUUCUUCAUGUGAAGGAGCCCAGGGGAAAUCAGCACUACCAACAACUUCACGGUGAUGAUCUUGAUGGGCUUCCUAGUAGUUGUCCCGACGAUGAUGGAGAUGGAGUUGGACGUGAAGAAGUGGGCUUAAGCAUAACUAGUUGCACUGGAGUGAGAUCAUCAGAAGGCGACGAUGAGGAACAGAAGGAAUUGAGGAAUGAAAAAGUGUCUUUUGAUUAAAUACGUGUUGUUAUUCAAAAAAACUUCUAGAUGGCAGGAUGUAUUUUGAAUGUGUUCGUCCCUUUGCUCAUGAAAUUAUGCUGAAGCUUAUGUGACCAGUCGACCUAUUGUAUGUUCAACAGGUCCUUCACUUCCUGCUUUCCUUCAGUGCAUGUGUAAUCUUUUCUCUCACAAUGUGAUUGUAACUAAAUAUGACGCCCUCUAGUGGUAGCUUUUUUAUGCAAAUAUAUCUGCAGCGAGGCGCUAUGCAGCAUUCAUGCAGUGACAUGCUGUUUAAACUUGCUGGAGACGCAUCAUCCUGCUUUGUUGGCAAAUUCCUUACAUUUUUGAGCUAAAUUUCUUAACUUGUUUGGCUUGUAACCUGUAUACAGCUUGCGAAAUGUCCUAUUGUCUUCGAUUGUUUUCCUAUUCCGUGAUUGCACACUUUUCGAGCAGAGCCACUCCCAGCUUCAUGAAGAGCACUUCUCCUAUGCACUUGCCAAAAAUUGGUACAUGUAGUAAGCAGCUAUACCGUUGAUCAGCACUAGUGCAGAAUUUAUUCCUGUGCUAUCAAAUUGAGAAUACAAUUGCUACCAUACUGUUGGUAAUUAAAUUACCUUUAAACACCUGGGGUAGUUGUUUUGAGGAUAAACUGUAUAUGUCAAAUUCUCAUAUUGUGUCCUUCAAAGAUUAGAAUUGGAUUGUCAUAAAAUCGAACUGUAAAAAACUUUAAUUAUUUUUAAAUUGUUUCUGUUUCUUCUGGACACAGAUUUACCCAUCAGUUGACUGUUGUUUAAUUUAUACAAGACUCUGGUGAAUUCUAAAUUUGGUACUCUGUAAUUUGCACAGACCAGCUGACUGGAUGUAAAUUUUUAAAUUACCUAAAUAAAACUUCCACAUCCCAGUUUUGCUCUGGUUCACCUUCUUCUGUAGUGCCGUCUCCUUCAAAAUAUUUUUCUUUUAAAUUAGACCUCUUGGUUACAUUUAUCUAUACAUGUAUUUAUAACAUCUUAACCA